AUGAUUAUUUAUGGUCGUUUUGCGAGUAGCUUGGUGCUAGCUGAACAUGGUGAUGGAAAAUUAAACAUGGUAACACUCAAUGCAGUUACUGCUGCUUCGAAACUUGGAGAUGUCUCAGUUCUUGUUACUGGCGCAGAUAUGAAAAGUAUUGCUCAGCAGUUAACAAAAGUGGAACAUGUUAAGCGGGUUAUUAUGGCUGAAGAUGAGAAGCUAAAGGUUCAGUUACCAGAGCUGGUUACUAAUGUUGUGCUAGCAUCACAAAAACGAUUUGGUUUCUCUAGUAUUAUUGCUGGUUCAUCUACAUUUGGCAGGGGAAUUAUACCUCGUGUCGCUGCCAAAUUGGAUGUGUCGCCGAUUAGUGAUAUUACUUUCAUUCAUUCAGAAAAUACUUUUAGUCGACCGAUAUAUGCUGGUAGUGCAAUAUGUAAGGUGAAAAGUUUAGCAUCAGUCAAAUUGAUAACAGUCCGUGGCACUGCCUUUUCUCCUGCAAAUAUCGGUGGUGGAAGUGGUGCAAUAGAAAUUGCACCAUCAGCUGAUCUUGAUUUUGCAAAAACUGAAUUUUUGAGUCAAGAUGUCAGCAAUUCCGGUCGUCCAGAUUUGCAAACAGCUAAAAUAGUCGUCUCAGGUGGUAGAGGGGUCGGCUCCAGUGAAAAUUUUAAGCUCAUAUAUGAUUUGGCACAUAAACUGAAUGGAGGUGUUGGUGCUUCUAGGGCAGCGGUUGAUGCUGGUUAUGCACCAAAUGAUUUGCAAGUUGGACAAACAGGAAAAAUUGUUGCACCGGAGUUAUAUAUUGCCGUGGGUAUCAGCGGUGCUAUUCAGCAUUUAGCAGGAAUGAAGGACAGUAAAACAAUAGUUGCAAUUAACAAGGAUCCAGAUGCUCCAAUAUUCCAGGUCGCUGACUUUGGAUUGAAGGCUGAUUUGUUCCAGGCCAUACCUGAAUUAAUAAAAGCGCUGGAGUAA